GUCUCAUGGAUGACAGGUCCAUUCUCCACCUCUUACUGGACAUUAAUGAGAGCGUUCCACCUUUUCUGCUUAAUCGCGGUGUCGCUUUCGUGGAGUGAGGGGGAUUUUACAUUCAUAGAAAGCUUGCCAAUUGGGUGAUGCAGAGCCCAACUGAUCUGAGUACGUGCCUCCUGGGAAGAGACGGUGUCAUUGUAUUUGAUCGCGUGUGCGUCUCACAGCGCGCAGGGCUGGAUGCGUCUGUGCUCCAGUCUAUUCAUGUCUUUUGUGCCACUAGUUGAGCUGUCUUCGCGCGAUAUUUGUCGUUUUUAAUCAUGUGUUUGAAAAAUGCCAAGUUGCUUUGCGAAUGUUUCACGGUUCAGGACUCUUUGCCUUACUGCUGAUGGUGCUGGAGUGGACCCGUCCAGGCCUGUCCUCCCCAUUACGCCCCAUCUGCGACCUGCGUGUCCUCGACCAUUACAUUAAGGAAGCAUGGGAUGCAGAAGCUGCUAUGAGAGCUUGUAAGGAUGAUUGCAGCAUUGCAACAAACUUCACUGUUCCUCUGACCAGAGUUGAUUUUGAUGUCUGGGAUGCGAUGAAUAUAGAGGAGCAAGCUCAAGAGGUCCAGUCAGGCUUACAUGUGCUGAACAAGGCCAUCAGCUCAUUACAGGCAUUUAAUCAGACUGACUUGAUACAGUCCCACAUAGAUGCCAGUAUUAGAAACAUUGUCAGCAUCAGACAAGUGCUGCGAAGUCUCAGCAUACCGGAAUAUGUACCUUCAACCAGUGGUGGAGAAGACCAGGAGACACAGAAAGUAUCCUCAAUCUCAGAGCUGUUUCAGUUCCACAUCAACUUCCUGCGGGGAAAAGUGCGUCUUCUGCUCGGCAAUGCACCUGUCUGCCAUCAGGGUGUCAGCUGAUAGACAAUCGGGGCAAGAGUCAAACUAAUUGGAGCUCCUCAUGUCAGGAGGCAGGAUAUGGACUGUUGCAAAGGAUAUGUCACUGAAGUUUGAAUGACUGGGAGUUGUAGCACUUUGAAAGAUUUACAGACAAAGGGAAAAGAAAACAUCCCCCAGAAUGCUAAGCACCCCCUAUGGCUGUCUACUUUCUCUGUGUUGAGCAUUUGCAAACCCACCUGCAUUACCUGGCAAAAUCAUAAAAGAAGGAAUCAUAAAACUGCAAGAAAUCACUCCUCUUUCCCCAUAUGACUGAUAGCACUUGCCCAGCUCGAUUGGGAAGGUUUAUCCAAGACUUUUUAAAAGUGUUUUGUAUUGCUUAUGAAAUUGUCAUUAUUUAUAUAGAUUAUAUAUUUCCUAGAGCUGGAAUCACUGGCUGUUGCAGGUUCUUCUCUGAAGCUAUUCAAGUGAAGACCUCUCCUCCUCCAUUCACCGUGGCCUCAAGCACCUCCAAACGUUGAACUGUUGAUAGAGAAAACUAUUUAUCAAUAUUAAUUAUGCACUGCAGGUUUUAUAUUCAUUUCAUUGUAAGUGUAUGUGUAAAUGAACGUGUGACUUUUGAGAAUGCUGCAGGGAAUGUUUUAAGUGUCGGGACGAAGGUUGUAAUGCCGAAUUCUUACGGGUCAGUUGGGGUGAACAGGAAGGACUAGAUUGCUGCUUGCGUCGGGGGAAUUGGAAGCUUUCGUGAGAGCUGAUGAGGCUCUGUGUUAGCUCAUGUCUGAAUUACGCCGAUGAGCGCGGUCUUGUACAGAUAACGCUGGUGCCAGGAAAAAUAUUGAUUAGUGAAUGACGAACAUCCUGGCUUACUUCCACUUCACGCUCAACGCGGCAUACUUUCCUUUGGGAAAUGACUGUAAGGUUGACAUUUUGUUUCUCUUUUUCUGUAUAACUUGUUUGUGUGUUUUCAUCAAUAGCCUGUUUUUUUUUACAUCUCUGUCAGUCACUGUCUGGGUGCAACAAAGUAUGUUUGUAGAUGUUUUUUCCUGUUAUUUUGCUGUUGUGUGGUUCUUUCAUCACAAUGUUAUUUGGUAUUCAAAUACAAAGUAUUAUUCUUAGCUAAAAAAAAUAGAAAAUAAAAAAAUAGAACUGUAAAAACAAGGAAAGAGUAAGUUUUUCUGUUUGUCUAAUGAAGCAUCUCUGCUGAGAAUGUUCCAAUACACUGCUCACCAUUCUGUAAAUACAUGAGAUUUCAAGGUGAAUUUUCAAAGAAUUUGAAGAGUAAAUUAUAUAGGCAUACAUUAUGCCUAAGCCAUAACUGGAUUAUAAGUAUUGCAUUUUUUGUCAUGUUGUUUCCUCUGAAGAAAUUUAGUCAAACCACUAAAUACUUUUGAACACCA